UAGAGCCGUGCCGAGGCAGGCAAUGCGAACGAGCGAGUCGUGGAUUCGAGUCGGAGCGCAGAGGUCGCCUCACGCCUCGGACGGUGGCCGAGACGCAGCGACGAAGCGGCAGCCAAAGGUUGGGAAACGGAGGUGAAGCUCAGCCAUGGACGCAGCUGCCAGGAGGCGGCGAGACGUGUGGGAGGCGGACUCCAUCCAGCAGUGGAGAGACCGCGACCCUCCGCUGCUGCAGCUCCUGCCGGGCCACGUGGGCGCCGCCUCGCGGCUUCCGCUUCCGGGGUCCGUGCCCGAGCGCUCCUGUCGGGGGUCCGAGAUAAUAAAAAACCUGCCGCGAAAACCGGAUGCGCACGGCAUGGCCGAGGGCAGGAGCCCAGGCGAGCGAGCGAUGUGCGGCUACCCUCGCGCCCUGCUCGCUCGCCCCGGCGGGGGCGCGCCUGGAGCGGCCGCGCGGUUCGCGUGCGGCUCCUGCGAGGGCCUCCUCCGCGACGCCGUGCAGACCCACUGCGGACACCGCUUCUGCAGGCCCUGCAUAGCUCGCUUGAUCACGCAAAACGUAAACCCGCUGUGCCCACUUUGCCAAGAUGAGAACGCAGUGACCACGGAGAGUGUUCUGUCACUAAAUAGCUUUUUUCCAGAUGCGGCUCUGCGUAGAGAGAUGGGCGUAUUGCCGGUCAGAUGUGUGAGUGAGGGCUGUGAAUGGAGAGGCCUGCUCCUGGAAUAUGAUGCCCACGUGGAGCGCUGUGACUGGGUGCUGGUGCCGUGCCUGCUGGCGGGCUGUGCCUUGCUGCUGCCCCGCGCGGAACUGCACCGUCACGUCGCCCAGGAGUGUUCUGUGCGGCCUGUGCCGUGCGCCGCGUGUGCGCAGCUCCUGCCUUACCGACAGCUGCAGAAACAUCAACUGCACUGCUGUUCCAGAAGGACUCGUGAAUGCAAAUUGUGUGGCCAGAAAGCAAUACCAGAAGACAAGUGGCAGCACCACGAGGAGCGGAGGUGCAUGAAGAAUCGCGACACCUGCCCGUACUCCCCGCUCGGCUGUCUCUACAGGGUGGGUGCUGCGGGACACGGAGAAAGUUUGCACGAUCACGAGAAAAACUCGGUGGAAGUUCACCUCGCCAUAGUCUACGACGCCUUCAAAAAAACAUUCGAGCAGCUUAUCAAGGGACACACGGACAACAUCAAGCAUCCACAUAAACCGACUCUCGACGAAAUGCAAUGUUGCCUCUCAAAGACGAGAAACCACGCACAACAGCAAAUGCAGGCACCGCACGCAUGGUCGCACACCAGUCGUUUGGCAGCAGACGAAUUGUUGAAACAGCUGCAAAGUUUAGAAGCAAGAGCAGAAGCGUUGAAGAACGAGUCCAACGCAUCCUUAUUCUUGUCGCCAUCAUCAUUACUAUCUGUCCGGAAUGUGCGCACCGUGAGAGGUGGAGAGGGGUUUGAGAGAGGAGUCUCAGCUCGCCUUGUGGCCGCCGAGGCUCAGCUGGCCGCGAUGGACAGGCGAAUGGAGGAAGUCGCAAAGCGUGUGGAGAGAGACGUUCGCGUGUCGGAGGCCUCCACGCGGCAGGGGAACAUCGACCGAGACGGGACCGCUCGCCUGCAGAACAAGAUGGCCCGUGUAGAGCACAGUGACCAAGAGACAGAACGGAGUCUCUUGGGAUUAACACGUAGACUGGCUGAAUUGGAGAACACUGCCUACAAUGGCAUGUUUUUGUGGAAAAUAAAACACGUGAUCAACAGACUUAGGGAGGCAGGGAGCGGUGCUGAACGCCCUCCACAAAUAGACUCCCCGGCUUUCUUCACCACACGAUAUGGCUACAGGUUACGACUGAGGCUCUGUCGUAGCGGUGAGCACGUGUCUGCGUAUGCCAUGCUGGGCCCUGGACCUUAUGAUGCAACAUUAGCCUGGCCAUACCAGCUGAAGACAACCAUCUACAUACAAAACCCAGCUCAGAGAAGAAGCAAAAAAGUAUCGUUGAACAUAAAGCCAUGGACUCAGCCAUCAAAUCCGUCUUUUAUGCGCCCCGCAGGGGGGUGGAAUCCACCCUUCGGGGAAGUCGGGUUCCUUCAGUUUUCCAAGAUGCGGGAUUACGUCACCAGCAAUGGUGAAGAAUGUUUGUUUUUAAAGGCAGAGGUUGAAGACACUUAAAAUACCCGCACCCCAACUUGCCAAAGUGCAGUUGCCAUCGCCGCAUGUGAUUAAUAUGCAAAGUAGGUUACAGUUGUGAAAUGGUUCAUCUUUGUGCAUGGUCGGUUUUGCUCAGGCGAGCCAUGUCAUCGUUUGUUCCGACGGGGACCGUGUGCAGCUGUGACAUUGUUGGAUCCGCAUACGUCACCAGAUACCACGUAAAAUGCUGCUCAAAGAUUAAAUGUUUGACACAGGA